AUUUCAACACUAAAGAUGGCCGUCGCUAUGGGAAUGGUAAUCCAUUGUCAAUUUGAAUUGUAAAGAGUUAUUAUGAAACUCGCUUUGAAAUAUUUUAGUUGAAUUAGCUAUGGUGAAUGUAAACCAUUACAAUUUUUGGCAUGUGUGGAGUUUUGGCCUAAAAUUUUAUUUAUUUUGACGAAUGAAACGAUAGCCAUCAAUUUGUUUCUCAUCUCAUGUGUAUAAGCGAAGCUAGAAUUUUGAGUUUUGUGUUUCAAACGUUUUAGUUCUCAUAUUAUGAAUCAUGGUUGAAGACAUUGAACUCAAUCAACACCGUAGAAAACACACAAGAAGCAAAACUACUGGUUCAUCUUUAAAGGACAAAGCAUCUGGAAAGUUAGACAUCCCCAAUGAUCCCAUCAAAUCCUUGAAAGAUACAUGGAUGAUAUCAGAGGCACAAAAAAAGCUCGAAAAAUUAGAUAUUUCUAAUGAGGCGAUCCAAAAUGAUGGCCUCGGUCAAAAUAAGAGACGAAGAAUGAAGCGAACGAAAUCUACUGAUGAUAAAUUAAAUCAUGAUGCUGAGACUCUUCUCAAAAAAAGGACUGGUACAGAGGAAAAUGUACUUACUGCUAAUCUCUAUACUAAAGAUAAGAAUAAAAGCUAUGAGAAAGAAGCGAAACUGAGUUACAUGACUACUCAUCAGAAAGAAAAUGACUCCAUAAAAGACAGUAAAAGUCCCAUAAAAACAGCGAACAGUGAGCAAAAAGAUAAAAGACAAAACAAAACAAAAAGAGAAGUUGAAAUUGCAGCUGCCGUUGAAACAGCUGUAGAUGUAGACAAAGUACGUAGAAGACGUAAGAAGCAAGAAAAGACCAAGACCAACUUUAAUGUUCAAGAUGAAGUUGAUGGAUCACAAGGAUCAUCCAAGACACAUAAGGAUGCGAAAUUCAAUCGUGGCUAUGAUAUCGAUGCGCAUAAAGACACCGAAGCUAGUGGAGAGACGUCAAAAGCGCGGGAAAAUCUGGGUUAUGAAGUCGAGCAAGAGACUGGGGAGACUUCAAAGGAACUGGGCACGAUGGAGAAAUCUAAGACGGAAAAGAGACGAAGAAAAAAGCCAAAAGAAUCCUCCGCUGACGUCAUUCAUCGCGCUUUGGAGAAGAAACGACAGGAUGACGGUCACGUGAUGUGUAUAGUGAUUCAUAAGACGGAUCGUCUUCAGACUGACUUGAUGAUAAGUCAUCCUUUAGUCCGUGUUCACAUCCUUGACAUGACCACAGGCGAAUAUGUGAAGAAAUGUAACAGAAAUCGUGCUGUAACUUCAUACUACGAAAACCAAGAAACGGUCGAUUACAUCCUGCCUUUAAUGACUCAGCCAUUUGACUUUAAACAGCGAAAAUCUCUUGUUCCAUGUUGGGAAGAUGUGCUUAUCAUCAAUGAAAUAUACUCUUACUUUCUACAAAGGGAAGAGUCCGAUCCUGACGUCAUUAUUUUCUUCGAGAUUUUGGAUUUUCUCAGCAUGGCAGUGAUCAACAAGCAGAGAAGAAAACAAGGAUCGGAGAGAGGAUGGUAUCAGAUCGCUUGGGCUUUCUUGAAGCUCAUCGGUGCAAAUGGAUCAUUGAACACGGAACAAAAAAUUCGCCUCCAAUUGUUUCAUCCUGUAAAAUUAAACAGACGUCAACGUGCCUCGAAGCAGAACACGCCCGAAGUUUAUGAUUGGUGGAAAUCCACGUCACGUGAUAGUUAUCCUUCGACCCUUUACGUCACAGUAAAAGGUGUGAAACCACCUAAAGAGAUCGAUGCUGCUGGAAGAUCAAUGUUUCCUGUGCAACAGGAAAAAGGAAGGAUGACGUACGAAGAAUUGACGGGUGGAAUAACCCGCACAGAUGUUUCCAAAGAUCUCGAUAGUAAAACUGUCAAAUCAAUAGCUUGGUCAAAACUACCUGGACAGCCGAACCAUUUACCGAACCGUCUCAUGUUAACAAUGAACGUUGGUAAUCGUGGUUGUUUUGUUGUGCGGUUCUCUCGCGAUGGUCGGAAACUUGCCUGCGGCUGCGCUGGAAAAGAUGGCUUCGCUGUUUGUGUCUACGAGACAUUAACAGGAAACAACAUGAGUACAUUUCAUGGACAUUUCAGUAUAAUUUAUGACUUGUGUUGGUCCUUUGAUGAUACGACAAUUCUUUCAGCGUCUUCUGACGGGACGGCAAGGAGUUGGGAUGUGAAAAACAAUGUUAGUACCCCAGUUAAAACGUAUCCACAUCCGAGUUUCGUGUAUACGGCUCAAUAUCAUCCACAGAGAAAGAACAUUGUUGUGACUGGAGGAUUUGAUCGUUUGAUGAGAAUAUGGAGUAAUGAUUGUGAAGGAAUGAAUGGUCAGCUUUUACGUGAAAUGGAAGGUCAUGGUGGAUUCAUUAACACAAUAUGUUUUCAUCCUACCGGUCAGUUUAUGUAUUCUGGAGACAGUUUGGGCACUGUGAUUAUCUGGAAUACAUUUGAAUAUGGAGAUAUGGCAAAAUCAAAGAAACGUCGACCCCAGUCUGCAGCGGAUGUACAAAGAUGGGUAAUCAGUAAGACUGUUAAAGAACCAGAAAUAAAGGACUGCAUUAUAAACUCAGUACGACUUCAUCCAAAUGGACAAAAACUUUUGGUUCACACAAGAGACAGUGUAACGAGAAUGCUUGAUUUAAGGAGUUUCUCCGUGAUGACCCGUUACAUUGGCGCCAAAAAUUUCAAAGAACACGUGAGAAGUACCAUGAGCACUUGCGGUUCGUUCGUUUUUUCUGGUUCAGAGGACGGUGCUGUGUACGCAUGGAAUACCGAGACAAGUGAUCAAAUCAAAGUAUACAAUAACUUAGGUUACACUUGCGCAGUCUCCGAUCUUGAUUUUCAUCCUCAUGAUGACAUCAUCGCCUUCUGUUCAUAUGGAUACCAUCAUCCUGUCAUACUUUAUCAUUUCAAGAAAACAGGUGAACUUCUUGGGGAAACACCAGCACACAUCCCUGUCAAUCCUCCACCGUCCUCAUUACCCCUCACAAAUCGUACGCUCGUUCGAAGUCCUAAUGAUGCUGGAACGUCAGAAGAACAAAAAGCAAAACACACCUCGCAGAGUUUCGCUGACGUUGCUUCUGAAACUCUACUUUUAAAUAAGAUAAAAAAGAAACUCGAAUCUGUUUUGGAUAUAUCUAAUUCAAGUAAUAUGUUGGAUGCAACGACGUUCACAGCCAAUCAGAGAACACCCAGUCCCUUUGCCACCCGAGCGGACAGCUUAACAGUAUCACGUGAUGAAAUGAGGACACUGUCUACCUGGGGAUCUGAUUUCUCUACUUUACGAACUUCACCGGAGCAUGGAACUAGUCACGUUCAAGGGACAACAUCAAAAUCACAUACAGAUUCCAAUGUCGGCUUAUUUUGGGUUAAAGUCAUGUAUCCAUUUGCUGCUCGCAAUGAGGACGAAUUAAAUCUUGACGAGGGUGACGUCAUAAAGGUUUUGCGUCAAGAAGAUGAGCAUUGGUGGAUAGGUGAGAUGAAAGAUGGUAAACAAGGAUAUUUUCCCUCUUCAUACACGACGUUUUGGGAUGAAAGAAAAAUGAAGAAAAAGAGAAGAGAAAAAGUCAAAAACAAUAUUCUGCAGUGAGGACGUCUCGUGGAGAUUUAAAAAUACUCUCAGCUCCCGAAGAAAGUGAUAAUGACUUUCUUAAAUGAAACGACUUCAGUUGUGAAGAAGUAAACGAACUCACAAAAGGAAGUGUCGCCAUUCUCUUCAUUGAAAAUGAAAAGUAAAACGGAAAGCAUAUAGUCCUAAACAAUAUUUUACAAUGCAUUAUAAUAUAGAUAUUUAAUAUAUAUAUAAAUAAUAUAUUUUCAAUUUAAAUAGUGUAAAUGGUGUAAUAUCUUUUCUAUCCUAUUUGAAUUUCUGAGCCUUUAUACCAUA